CCAGAAGGGAGAGCUGAUCCAGGAUCUGGGCUGGGAGGAUGGUCCGAAUGGCAGAGAAGGCGGUGCGAAGGCUCCAGAAUGGCGAAGACAGAGUACCGGCACCCGACCCAAAGGUUCCGUGGAACAACAGGAGCAUAUUCCACAAGCGCCUCCGAGGAAGCCGGAGAGACUGAGCCAAUAUUGGUCACGCAGGGUGGAAGAUGGCGACCUGGAAACGAGACCGAUGGUACCUGAACGUGAACCAGCAGGAGACGGCGGAGUUCGGCGAUACACGACGCCCUACGAGAGGCGAGACGAGUGGAGAGAGCCGAGAUGGGGACGCGUCGACAAAUGGGACAUCCAUUUCGACGGCGACCCAGACCCGGCCAAACUGACGGUGGAGGAUUUUGUCUUUCGGGUCGAAUUUCUCCAGAGGCAGAGUCGACGCUCGUGGGACGAAGUCCUUGAUAAUUUUCACCAUCUGGUGAGAGGACGUGCUGCCGAGUGGUACUGGCAGUUUGUAAGAGAGAGGCCUCCAGAAGUCUGGGAGGACUUAAAGGACGAGCUGGUAUCCCGAUUCCGUGCAGUAGGUGGGCAAUACGAGCGGCUGCGUGCGUUGAAUGAGCGACGGCAAGAACCUGGAGAAUCGGUGGAAGAUUACUUUCGAGCGAUGCGGAAGCUAGCUGCAAGACUGAUCACCCCAAUAGCAGAUUCUGAGAUGGUCAGAGUCGUCAAGAAGGGACUCGAGGAGGAGAUCGCUCGUUAUGUGUACGCGAUCCGAGUCCGGAACCUGGAGCAGCUGAGGGAAGAGUGUGUAGAGGUGGAGCACCUUUUCCGCAGACGCGAGCGAAGGUCAGCUUUUCGCCCGACGCUGAAGUUCCAACAAUCCGGUAAGCGAGUGGAGGAGAUCGAGCCAGAGUCGGAGGAGCUGUUGGAAGGAGAGGAAGAGGUGAUGGUUGAGGAAACCCACCUGACAGCGAAGCCGAGGCUGGGCUGCUGGAAUUGCGGAGAAGUUGGCCACGGGUUUCGAGAGUGUAUGGCCAAGGAACGCAGAGUAUUCUGCUAUCUCUGCGGAAGGCCCGAAACGUACACGCCGAAGUGUCCCAACUGCUCGGGAAACUCAAGAACGGGCAUGAUGAAGGCGGGAUAUCAGAGCUCGGGACGGAAGCCCGCGAGGAAGUGAAGGAAGCGCUAUUGGAGGUUGUAAAAAUUAAGCAUAUUAACCCAAGUAGUAUAGAAAAAAAUAGUUUAAAAUUCUUACCGGUCGAA